AACAUAAGCACAGCUGCACUUGCUUUUUGUUGGAUGCGCAGAUUAGCCUUAGCUCCUAAAACCAAGAAAAUGUGAAAGUUAUUGAUUUAAAAAAUGAUAAUAAUAAUUAAUACGACAGCAAGAUCCCAGUUGAUUUCUCUGCAUAUCCAGGGAUCCCUCUUUCGACAGCUGUCAAGUGAUUUUAGGAAUAAAUUCCAGAAUAAUUUCUCAACGUUGCACAGGACGGUGCCGCGCAGAAUAGGAGUCGCAAGCGCCAACACCUUCCAUAAGAAGCUUAGUGACGGACGUGUAAUCCUCUUCAGUGCAAAACUCUACUCGCUUCCACCAGAACAAAUAAAAACCUGCCUGACUGUACGUGCACGUACACGGACGGAUAUCUUCUCUCAGCUGUGUUCGUGCCUGUAAGUGAGAUCCCCAGCGCAGUCAUGUGCGACCAGACAUUUGUGGCGGUGACCUUUGGCCCGUGCGAGAGCUGCGAUCAGGCCAGCCCCCUCAUGAACAUCUACAUCAAGACCGAGCCCAUCAACUACUGCUCCUUCUGCGUGGAGAAGAUGGCGUGUCACGGGCUGCAGGCGGGGGAAAGUCUGGCCUCGCUCAAGAGGGAAAGUGCGACUCUGAAGAAGAAGUUGGACGAGGAGAGGAACAAGCUCAGCGACGUCGAGCUGAGCAAGGUGGCAGAGAAGGUGGAGGCCGUGUCGUCUCUGUCCAUCAAGACGAGACGUGUGCUCAAGGGCCACAACAACAAGGUGUUGUGCAUGGAUUGGUGCAAAGACAAGCGGCGCAUGGUCAGCUCAUCACAGGACGGGAAGGUGAUUGUGUGGGAUGCCUUCACGCUCAAUAAGGAGCACGCCAUGAGUCUGCCGUGCACGUGGGCGAUGGCGUGCGCGUACGCGCCCUCGGGUUGUGCGGUGGCCUGCGGAGGACUGGACAACAAGUGCUGCGUGUUCCCGCUCUCGCUGGACCCGCAGGAGAAUCCGAUGACGAAGAAGAAGCUGGUGGCCAUGCACACCAACUACGUGUCAUCUUGCACCUUCACCAACUCGGACAUGCAGCUCCUGACGAGCAGCGGCGACGGCACUUGUGCCCUGUGGGACGUGGAGAGCGGGCAGCUGCUGCAGAGCUUCCACGGCCACACGGCCGACGUCCUGUCGCUGGACCUCGCCCCCUCGGAGACCGGCAACACUUUCGUCUCGGGGGGCUGCGAUAAGAAGGCCAAUGUGUGGGACAUGCGCUCGGGUCAGAACAUCCAGUCCUUCGAGAACCACCAGUCUGACAUCAACUGUGUCAAGUACUACCCCAGCGGAGAUGCAUUUGCGUCGGCCUCUGACGACGCUACGUGUCGUUUCUAUGAUUUACGGGCUGACCGUGAAGUAGCCAUCUACCAGAAAGAGAGCGUCAUCUUCGGGGCCUCCACUGUGGACUUUUCCCUCAGUGGUCGCCUGCUCUUUGCCGGCUACAACGACUACACCAUCAACGUGUGGGACGUACUGAAAGGAAAUCGCAUUUCCACAAUGUACGGUCAUGAGAACCGCGUCAGCAGAGUUCGAUUGUCGCCGGACGGCACGGCGCUGUGCUCCGCCUCUUGGGACGCCACAUUGCGGAUUUGGGCCUAGGCUCUACCAGAUGGGAGCGCCUGGAAUCAACAAUCACGUUUGAAGUUGGGGCAAAGACAAAGAGGCAAAUAAAAAACUUAAAUGAGACCAAAAUCUCAAAGACAAUAUACAAAAAAAUAUAGUUUGUUUGUUUUUUUAACUUUAAGUGGUGGUAUCUUAUUAUAUGAAUUGCUGUAACGGGAUGAUGUCACUAAAAAUAAUAAGGGCGAUUCGUCAAGUAUUGUGGCAAACUGAAUCAUUUCAAAUACUUUAUGUACUUUGUACAUAAUAAACAGCCUGAUUCUGAAAGUGGAAGGACAACAGUUUGUCUAAUUGUAUUCAUUCAAAUAUAAUCCAAUGCACUUUUACUAUCAGGUAUAUCAUUUGAAAGUACUGUAAAGCUCCAAUUAUGUGCUCGUUGCUUCUCACCCUCAUGUACGGUAUGCAUAUAUUAAGAAGUACUGAUUUAUGUUUGUUUGGCUCAAAGGCCAUAAGACCGGAUAUUGAUCCCUUUGUCUGUGACACGUCUCGAAUUUGUUUCAGAACAUGUUUAAAGGUCUUUGCAGCAUUGAUGGGCUGUUUUUCUUCUCGAUGACCUUUU